AUGUCAAAGCUUUUAUCAAAUAAAACUUUUAGAUUAAUCACAACAAAUUCACAACCGAAAAUAUCAUUUGGUUUUUCAUUAAGAAAAAGGCUUACCACCGCUACAUCACCUGUUUUACGAGCCACUCCACUUUCAACACAAACACAAACUCUUGUUACCCCCUCACCAGCCACUACUCCAACAGAUCCACGAGUACUUGAUGCAAUGAUGCCAUACUGGACACAACAGUAUGGUAAUCCUCAUUCAAGAACUCAUGCAUAUGGUUGGGAAUCUGAAAAGGCUGUUGAAAAAGCUCGUGAACAUGUUGCUAAAAUUAUAGGAGCUGAUCCAAAAGAAAUUGUUUUCACAUCAGGAGCAACGGAAUCAAAUAAUCUUAGUAUUAAAGGAGUUGCUAGAUUUUAUAAGAACAAAAAAAAACAUAUCAUCACAACACAAAUCGAACAUAAAUGCGUACUUGAUUCAUGUCGUGUUUUAUCUGAAGAAGGGUUUGAAAUAACAUAUUUGCCAGUUAAAUCUUCUGGUCUUAUAGAUCUUGAAUUGUUGGCAAAAUCAAUUCGACCUGAUACAUCACUUGUGUCUAUCAUGACAGUAAAUAAUGAAAUUGGUGUAUUGCAACCUAUCGAAGAAAUUGGUAAAAUCUGUCACGACAAUAAAGUAUUUUUCCAUACAGAUGCUGCACAAGCUGUUGGCAAAAUACCUUUGGAUGUCAAUAAGAUGAAUAUUGAUUUAAUGAGUAUUUCAGGGCAUAAACUUUAUGGACCAAAAGGGAUAGGUGCUUUAUAUGCAAGAAGGAAACCCAGAGUUAGGUUAGAAGCUUUACAAAGUGGUGGAGGACAAGAGAGAGGUUUAAGAAGCGGUACUGUACCCACACCUUUAGUUGUUGGAUUAGGCGAAGCUUGUCGAAUUGCAAAUGAAGAAAUGCAGUAUGAUUCAGAACAUGUAAAAAAAUUAUCUAAAAGACUGAUUGAUGGCAUUAUGUCAAAAGUUUCUCAUAUUAUUCGUAAUGGUGAUCCCGAAUCAACUUAUCCAGGUUGUGUAAAUUUGUCAUUUUCUUUUAUUGAAGGUGAAUCCUUAUUGAUGGCACUUAAAGAUAUCGCACUUUCAUCAGGGUCAGCAUGUACAUCAGCAUCGUUAGAACCAUCUUAUGUGUUAAGAGCAUUAGGUUCUGAUGAUGAAUCAGCACAUUCAAGCAUUAGAUUUGGUAUUGGAAGAUUUACAACUGAACGAGAAAUUGAUUUUGUGAUUGACAGAGUGACAAAACACGUUGAUAAAUUGAGGGAAAUGUCCCCACUAUGGGAAAUGGUUCAAGAAGGCAUAGAUCUCAAAUCUAUCCAAUGGAGUCAACAUUAA